UAUUUUUUAGUUACUUUUUUAUAAUCGAAGUUCUUUUAGCAAUUUAUAUUUUUUGGAUGGGUCCAGAUAGUUAUAGUGAUAUUCUUCCUAGCUUUUCUGUCUCAAAUGUUGACUCACAAGAUGACGAGCGUUUCACUUUGGACUCUGAGAUGGCUCAACAAUUUAUUCAAGCAAACCCAGAUUUGGCACAAUUCGCUUCAUUAUUGGCUAAUAAUCAUACUUAUUUGGAAUUAUUAGAUCAACUUAUUUCUCAAGUAGACCAAGAACUUGAAUCCAACAGAAGAAUGCAAGGCAAGAUUCGUGCGAAAUUAUCACGGCCAUUUGAAAAUGUUCCACAGUCUCGAGCAUAUAGCAACAUAUCUGUGCCUUGCUGGCCUCCAUACUUUAAAGAUUCAGAUGGAAUGUUGCGAGCUGCCGGUGUGGAAACAACUAACGAACAGAGACAUACUUGGAUUGAUGAAGUUGAACGAAUUAAUAGACGUAUAACCUAUAUUCGUUCUCGCUCUGUGAAUGAUUUUCUCAAGGAACAUUCAAACUAUGAUAGUGUUGAUUGGUCAAAACUUUCUGCACGUGAUUUCAAAGGUGUUCGAACAAUCUCACAACUUCGCCAAAAAUGGUGUAACGAGAUGUGUCCAUUGUAUAAUAAGUCAGGCUGGACCCUUUCUGAAGAUGAAAAGUUAAUCGACUUGAGCAGAGAUUUUUCAAAUUGGGAUGUUAUUUCUGAAAUGCUUGACGUUUCUCGACCUCCUUUUCUAUGCUUCCAGCGUUUGAAUUAUUUACGACAGAAUGAACAUGAACCAAAGCCAUGGACCCCGGUAGAAGAUCAGAAAUUGCGCAAAUUGAUUUUGAUGCAUCGUGUAGGAGACGAAAUCCCGUGGCAACGAAGUUGGUUUGCAUUUUUAUUUUCAUUAAUUUUAUUCAUUUUUAAAAUUUUCGUCGCUCUUUAUAUGCCUGGAAGAUCGAAAUUAAAUUGUGAAUAUCGUUACACUCGUUCUCUUUCGGAAAAAAUACGUCAUGGACGUUGGACUGAGGGGGAAGACAUUCUUCUCUUAGAAGCAAUCAAUAAAUAUGGUCCACGAAAUUGGGUUAAAAUUUCUAAUCAUGUUAGAGGACGUUCUGCUCUUCAAUGUAGGGAUAGGUGGAUUCAUGUGCUCGAUCAUAAGCGGCGUGAUCGGCCUUGGACUUGGGAAGAACACAUGCGCCUUUUUUAUGGUGUUCGUCUUUUUGGUCGAGAUGAAUGUGCCAAAAUUGCCAGAAUAUUACCUGGAAGAAAUAAUAUGGAUGUCCGAAUGCGAAUUCGAUUUUUGGUCAAAUUACAAAUUGAGACAAAAAUGAAAGAGAAACCAGUUAUUUUUCGUCAUUUUGCGAAUAAUUAUAGUUUCUUCAAAACUCGCAGAAAGAAUAUUUUGGAUGAAUUUUCCAAAUAUUUAGAGACAAAACAAAAUGAUAAAAAAGCUUCAAUGGCCGCUAGACUUGGACUUGGAUCUUUUGUUGCAACGUCUAAUGUAGGAGUACAUUUGGAUUAUACAAAUGUGACAAAAUCGCGUGUUAAAGAAUUUGACGAUUGGAGUGUUAUGAAUUCUGGUAGAUGGAUGAAACAUCAAUAUAAAAAUCCGAAUGAACAAGACCAUAAUGAUUUAUUACAUGAAUUAGAACAACUUCCAGAUAAAAUACGAGAAGAGACUCUAUUAUGGCUCAAGGAAUCUGAUGUUAGAUUUGAAGCUGAAUUAGAACAAGAAAAAGAAUUACCAGAAGAUCCUAAACAAUGCGUAGAUUUUUAUAAUAAAAUGUUUACAGCUGAAAGAGUUGAUCAACUUUAUUCUUCUAUUAAUGAAUUGUUACCACCAAGAGAAUGUGAUAUUCUUUAUUAUAUCAAGCAUCAAAGACGUCCACGAAAAAUUGGUGUUUUGAAGCAACGGAAAUAUCCAAAAAAGAAAAAAGAAAGACUAGCUAUGGAAGAAAUUGUUGCAAAUAUAGACAAAUUGGAUAAUACUCGAACUAUUGGACUUAGAUGGUCUGAUAAAUUAUUAAUUGAUUUGAAUAAAGAAAUGGUUAAACUUCCACAGGAUGAACGAAGACAUUAUUUAAUGGCUAAAUUAUGUGGAGCUAUUCGUCAUCGAAUGCAUCAUUCUACAGUAAAAAAAUUUAAAACUGAUGUGAAUUUUGUUGGCGAAGCUUUUCAACAAAUGCUUGAAUAUGUGAGAGAUCGUGUGAAUAAGGUACAUAAUCAAGUCAUUAUUGCUCCAAAAGAACCGACACCUAUCAAGCUUCCUACACCUACACCAACUCAACCUCCACUUGUGUUGCCAUCAAAUUGGCGUAAUUUGACGAUGAAAGAGUUGAUACAAAUGAAAAUACCACCAAAAUUGCUGAAUAGUUUAGCUGAAGCUGCACGAUCAGAACAACCCCAGGAAAUCUCUGUACCAGUCCACGAAAAAGAGAAAGAUUUAACAGUCAAAGACGCAUCAAUUAUUUCUAUUCAAAACAGAGUGAUGAAAAUCUAUUUGAAGAAUUUGUUACCGCCAUGUAUAGCAACUGUCACUUGUAUGGACCUUUAUAAUAAAACAAUUCGACAACAGUUAAAAAAAGAUUUGAACUCAUAUAGUGAUUUUGAGCCUGAUGCGCCUGGAACAUCAACGCAAACUCCACGAGUUUUUGAUCUAGAUAAAGCUUAUGGAUGGAGCGAUAUCAAAGACAAAGUCCGGGCAACUCCUGAAUAUGCUCUUUUAAAGAUGAGAAUGUUUCGACUAUUUUUCUAUCCAUUGGCAAUGGUUAAAGCUAUCAACGCUCAGCAAAAUAAUUUAUAA